AAACACAAACCUAGCAUCGGAGACAAAAAAAUGUAGUCACGCACUAAAAGCGAUCGGAAUCGCCGAAGAGAGCAAGAGAGCUUCCCCGCCCCCAUUUUGGUUGUCAGUCUAAUGUAAACAAACCGUAACCAGUAGGUUUUUAUUCGGUCCGAAAAAUCGGAAAAUCUACCGCAAAAGCAACGUUCCGCCAGCUCAAACCGUCGGAGAAUCGUUCUCCUUGAUGGAUCUGACAAUCUACAGUGAUGUACCAAACGAGACCCCUGGAUCGUACUGUCGGUUUUGCUUCCGGGAAACGGAGCUGGUACCGAUUUUUCACCCAGCCACACUAGAACCUGUAAAUCGACAGCUGUUGGAAAUAAUUCACGAGUGCACCGAUAUUCAGCUCACAGCGGAAAAUGACUUCCCAUCGUCCGCCUGUCAGAACUGUCUUCAGGUGUUGCAGGAAUUCUACCACUUUCGAAGGCGUACGAAAGAGUACGACCGAAUAAUUCGAGACAAAGCUCUACCCCGAAUGGAACCGGAGGUGCUAAUCGUGAAACAGGAACCCCUUGAAGAUGACACAUUAGAAAGUGUUCGAAGACAGUAUUUAGCCGAUCAGCAACUUCAACAGCAGCAAGAUGAAGAACCAAGUCAAGAAUAUGCGGAACCGGAAGAAGAUGAAGAUGAGCAGGAGAUCGGAAGUAGCAGUAGCACAUUAACGGCAGAAGAGUCUCGUGAAGAAGAUUUUCAGCAUCCUAGCCUUAGUGCUAUCUUCAAGAUACGCACCACAUCCGGCUCGAGUGGAUCGAAAGCAACGCUGUCCAGCAAUUUAGAGGAUAACCGAUGCAUGGUUUGUGGGGAAAAAUUUUUCUCUCGUGACGCGUGGAUGAAUCAUCUUCCGUUACACGCAUCAGAGCGACCGUUCCAGUGUCACAUCUGCCUGGCGCAGUUCAAGACAAAAUACGUACAGCAGAAUCAUAUAAAAACGGUCCAUCAGAACAUUCGAAGCUACCAGUGCAAAGUCUGCACGGAUCCGAUUCGACAGUUCAAGAGCAAGCGCACCCUGGAGGAUCACAUGCGUUACCACACUGGCGAGCGGCCUUUCCUGUGCGCGUUAUGCAAUGUUAGCUUUUCGUCCGGCAGUGUCCAUCGAAAUCACAUGUACCGGGUGCACCGAGAGAUGCGCAAGAAAGAACGUAAAUGUAGUUACUGUGGGAAGGAGUUUGACCGAAUACUGGAUCUGAAACGACACCAAACAAGUUACUGCGAGAAAAUAGUCGGCCGGGCUAUGGCGGAGCGGCUGUAGAUGACGGCAAUCCGGGACCGCAACAUUAAACACAAUUCAACACAGAGAACAAUGUUUACGCAUGCGACAACACAACACACACACAUACACCUAUAAAUUAUGCUAUAAAGAUUAGAUUUAUAUCGUAGAGCUAACCCCACGUGAAUAGAACAGAAUAUAAUUUUAAUGAAAUAAAUCAUUACUUUAGAUUGUCUUCGGUGUACCAGA